AGCUGAGGGAGGAACAUAUUGCUGCUUGUAGGACAGCCCCCAAGGGUGAGUGACCCAGGGUGAAGAGCUGGAAGAGACAGAGGAGCUAGAGGAGUUAGAGGAACUAGAGGAGGAGGACGACGACGAGAUGGGGAGUGGAGCGAGCGCUGAAGAUAAAGAACUGGCCAAAAGGUCCAAGGAGUUGGAGAAGAAACUCCAGGAAGAUGCAGACAAGGAGGCGAAGACGGUCAAACUGCUGCUGUUAGGUGCCGGGGAGUCAGGCAAGAGCACAAUCGUCAAACAGAUGAAGAUUAUCCACCAAGAUGGUUACACGCAAGAAGAGUGCCUGGAAUUCAAGUCCAUCAUCUACGGCAACGUGCUGCAGUCAAUCCUGGCCAUCAUCCGAGCGAUGUCCACGCUGGGGAUAGAUUACGUCGAACCAGGACGAGGGGAUGAUGGGCGGCAGCUGUGCAACUUGGCAGAUUCCAUCGAGGAGGGCACCAUGCCCCCAGAACUAGUGGACUGUAUAAAAAAGCUGUGGAAAGAUGCAGGAGUCCAGGCCUGUUUUGACAGAGCAGCUGAGUACCAGCUCAACGACUCCGCUUCCUACUACCUGAACCAGCUGGAUCGGAUCACAGCCCCCGAUUACCUCCCCAACGAACAGGAUGUACUACGAUCUCGAGUGAAGACCACGGGGAUCAUAGAGACCAAGUUCGCUGUCAAAGAUCUUAACUUCAGGAUGUUUGACGUGGGAGGACAGCGGUCAGAGCGCAAAAAGUGGAUCCACUGCUUCGAAGGCGUGACCUGCAUUAUCUUCUGUGGAGCCCUCAGCGCCUAUGACAUGGUGCUAGUAGAGGAUGAUGAAGUGAACCGCAUGCAUGAGUCCCUGCAUCUGUUCAACAGUAUAUGCAACCACAAGUUCUUUGCUGCCACCUCCAUUAUUCUGUUCCUCAACAAGAAGGACCUCUUUGAGGAAAAGAUCAAGAAAGUCCACCUCAGCAUUUGCUUCCCAGAUUACGAUGGUCCCAAUACAUUUGAAGAUGCAGGAAAUUACAUCAAGAAUCAGUUCCUUGAUCUCAACAUGCGAAAAGAUGUGAAAGAAAUCUACAGUCAUAUGACCUGUGCCACAGACACACAGAACGUUAAAUUUGUGUUCGACGCAGUCACGGAUGUCAUCAUCAAAGAGAAUCUCAAGGACUGUGGUCUCUUCUAGAACUCCAACUUUUGCAG